GGUUUGGAGAAGAGAGUAUGACUCGACUAAUAAGGUGGAUGCAGAAACACAAGAUUCCAUUGGAUGCUUCAGUGCUUGAUAUUGGAACUGGAAAUGGUGUUUUCCUGGUUGAACUUGUUGGCAAAAUUUGGUUUCUCUAAUAUUACUGGAAUUGAUUACUCUCCUUCUGCAAUACAGCUUUCUGGAAAUAUUAUAGAGAAAGAAGGUUUAUCUAACAUUAAGUUGAAGGUAGAAGACUUUUUGAAUCCUUCCACAAAACUGUCUGGAUUUCAUGUUUGUAUUGACAAAGGGACUUUUGAUGCCAUAAGCCUUAAUCCUGACAAUGCAAUUGAAAAGAGGAAGCAAUAUGUGAAAUCUCUCUCCAGGGUGUUGAAAGUGAAAGGCUUUUUUCUAAUAACCUCAUGUAAUUGGACCAAGGAAGAGUUGCUAAAUGAAUUCAGUGAAGGAUUUGAACUUUUUGAAGAGCUGCGGACACCCAGGUUCAGCUUUGGAGGCAGAUCUGGAAACAGUGUAGCAGCACUGGUUUUCCAAAAAACCUUACUUUACUCAGAGCUCUUCCAUCCAGUGAGUUGCAAGCGUGACAUUUGUUGUGUUUUCAGCACCUGCCAACUUGGAAACCAGGGUUUGUGCUCAGGACUUAGGCUUACAACCCACACUUUGUGGUGCACAAUGCCGUCCCAGCUGGCAUGCUUCUUACCUCAAUGGUGCUAGACGUUCGGUUACAAAGCUGUGCAGAUUCACAUGCGCUGAUUUCAAUAGGCAUUCCCCUUCAAGCUGCUUUCAACUCUCAUUUUGUAUCAAAGGAGUUAGAUUGGUAUCAUUAAAUUCACUG